CAACUUACGCUGAGGUGGCGAUACUUAAUUGGCUAAUAACCUUAUGAAGUGCGUGGCGAGAAUAACGCGUUCUUAUAAAAGGAGCAGAGUCGGGUCAAACUCAUAAAGAUCCGAACAUUUCUUAUCGUUCUCGUCGAAUCAAGUUAGUUAAAAGAAGAGAAGGAUAUGGUGGGAAGUGGAGCUCCGCAGAGAGGAAGUGCAGCUGCGGCUGCUAGCAUGCGUAGGAGGAAGCCUAGCGGAAGUGGAGGAGGAGCCUCUGGUGGUGGUGGUGGUGCUGCAGGAUCCAUGCUUCAGUUCUACACGGAUGACGCACCGGGUCUCAAGAUCUCCCCUAAUGUUGUCCUUGUCAUGAGCAUUGGUUUCAUUGCUUUUGUCGCUGUUCUUCAUGUCAUGGGCAAGCUCUACUUUGUCAAGUGAUGAGACUAGAGAGAGCGAGAGAGAGCUUGAAACUCACAUAAUAGUUGCAAGAAGUGAUCAGUAUUAGACAGUGGUUUCAACUCAUGUGUUUAUUUUUGUGACUAUCUUUAUAAAAAUUUCAGUUUUGAUUUUCUGCAUAUUAUUUAAGUGAUAAACAUUUAUAUA